AUGCUUAAGUAUUGCGCUUCCAAACCAGCUUUUCUGCAAUCCUUUUUGGGUCUUCGGCCAGCAGCUUUUGUUCGCGGUUUUAAAACCGAAAGGGGACCUUCUCCCCCACAACUUCCCAAAGAAGAGCAGGAGGAAUUCGAACGGCUGCAGCGUAUAGCACAAUCUCAAGAAGCGAUUGAUGCUUACAAUAAAGAAAUAGAGGAGGACCACACAAAGGAAAGCGCAAAAUCUCCAUUUUUGAAAUCUGACAUUGGAGGCUUUUCACCCGAGUUUUCCAAAACAAUACCUGAAUUUGAGGGUGACGUUAACCCUAAAACGGGUGAGCGCGGUGGGCCUAAACAGGACCCGCUCAGAUACGGGGACUACUCUUUUAACGGCAGGGUGACGGAUUUCUGA